CUAUUUCGCGUUUCACUUUUCAACUCCCUCUCUCUCGCGUCUCUCUCCGGCAAUUCGUCGAGCGGUCGAGGAGGAGAAGUAGGGAUUCAGGCAGGCAGAGAUGUCACUGCGUCUGGUUAGCAGGACGGAGGCCAGGAAGAAGGGCUACAAGAUAGGCGUCGAUGGGGAGGAGGCGCGGCGGCGGAGGGAGGACAAUUUGGUUGAGAUCAGGAAGAACAAGCGCGAGGCCUAUCUGUUGAAGAAGCGGCGCGAGGGUAUUUUCAUUGGAUUUCCGCAGCAGCCGCAGCACUUCCCUGCCGAUCCAGUUCAAUCACCUGCCGCCAUUGAGAUAAAGAAACUGAUGGUGAUGGCAGCAGAGGAGGGAGUAUUUGAGCAGGAAAUUGAUGGUAAUGAUAAUGGUGAUGAAGACGAAGAUGAUCAAGAGGAUGAGGAAGAUGAGGAGGACGAGGAGGUGGAGGAAGUGUUGAAUAGCAGUGGUGCUAGGGCACCACUUAGGUCUGCUGAUAGUGAUGAGGAUGAAGAUGAUGAAGGUGAUGAUGACAAUGAUGACAACGGCGAUGAUGAUGACAAUGGUGAUGAUGAUGACGACGAUGAUGAUGAAGAUGAUGAUGACGAUGAUGAAGAGGAUGGGGAGGAGGAAGAGGAUCUAGGCACAGAAUAUCUUGUCAGACCAGUUGCUGCUGCCGAGGACGAGGAAGAUGCCAGUGACUUCGAACCGCAAGAGAAUGGCGAGGAAGAAAUUGAUGAGGGAGAGGAAGAUGACGAUGACAAUGACAAUGGUGAUGAAGAUGAGGCUCCAUCAUCAAAGAGGAAGCGAUCGGGCAAAGAUGAUUCAGAUGACGACGGUGGAGAAGAUGAUGUGAGACCCUCCAAGCGGUAACCGUAACUGUAACCGCCCUUGAAAAUCUGAUCUCUUCAGGUCAGCAUAGCAAAAUUGUGAUCCAUCCAUUUGCUUGUUACUAACUUUAAGCCUAAGGUCUUGAAUUUGUUAGAACUCUUUCUUGUAUUAUCUAUCUAAGUGCACAAUGUUAAGGAAGAUUGGAUUGUUGAUCUUUUUAAUAUUCACAAAGACAGCUCAAUUGUCUGACUAGGAUGAUACUAUUUUAGUAUUUUGUAGCUUCAACAACUUUCAUUUGAAUUGCUGUUGAAUCUUUUUAAAUAUUUCCUAAUUUCUACUGA